AACAUUGGCAAGCGUACGUACUGUGGUCACUGAAAUGUUGUCGAAGUUGCAGAAAUGACAGACAGUCUGAAAAGUUGUGAGCCAUCAAAAUGGCUUCGUCCAUCGGAUGUAAUGAAAUUACAUAAAUUAAAACAAAGAAAGAAGGCCUUACAAGCCAGGAUAAAAGGUAAUACUCAAGAUUGUUCAUCAGCUAAUUCUAAUCCAUCAAACUCGUUCGAAAAUGUUUUUUCGGCAAAAAAACGUACUAAUCCUUUUCUAAAAUCAAGCGACUCAAAAAAGUUUAAAAACGACCAGAAUAUAUCUUUGGAAGAAUCGACAGAUCAGACUUUAUUUAAAUUAUUGAAUCCAAAAGCUGCAGAUUCAUCUAGUAAUACUUUCACAUCCUUUAGUAAUUUAUUAAAUAAAUUGGAUUCUAAUAGCAAAGAAGAACCUGUUGAAAUUGUUAAAGCUCAAGGAGAAAGUUGGUUACCUAUUGAUUGGUCUUUAAAAGAUAAAGUUAGAUUAAUAUCUACAAAACCGUUUUCUUGGAGUCAAAAAUUGAAAGUUAGUGAAGAGGCUAGUGGUAUUACUGCUUUUACUAGAUGUUUAGAUAAUGAUACUGAUAAUAAUUUAGAUUCAUCCCCAAAUGCAAAAUUUCAUCAAUGUUGUUUGUAUUGGAUGCAACCAAACUUACCAUGGUUGACAUUGUUCCCCAGAACCUCUAGUAAAAUUCAGAAUAGUUGCCCCAUAAAUGCAUCUAUAAAAGAAAGUCUACAACAAGCAUGGCGUGAUAGUUUAAGAUCCCUAUUUCAAUUAAUAAGAACAAGACAGUGUCCUUAUUUCUAUGUAUGUGCAAAUACGUUUACAGUGCUUUUUAGGGCAGCAGGUAUAAGCGGAUUUACAGAUGUUCAUGUACUUGUUACCCCUACAACCAGAGGUUUAAGACACCUGAUUAAACAAGAAGAAAUUGAAUAUUCAAUGCCUCUUAAGAACAGGUCCUCUGAUCAAGGAUACGAGACGUGGGAUUCUGUAACUAGCGAACAAAGUGAGAAAAUUGAGGAACAAAUCGAAGAUAAAGAUGAUUCCGAUGAGAAUUGGAUGAAGAGUAUGGGAAUUGAUGAUAGGGAUAUUAAACAAAUUAACUACAGCCAGGAAAGGAUGAUUCACAAGGCGGAAUGUGAAAUUGACAACAGUGAACAAAGUCUGGUUAUGAUAGAAGGUGGAGAAGUUCAUGGUUUCUACAAUUUUCUACUUAAUUGUAAAAGUGCUACUGCUCUUACAGGAUCUCUAGCAGGGAUACCACCGACGCUUUUAGCUCCCGUAGCUUUUCACGGAGCUACCAUAAAUUCGUUAAAAGUUAGGGAAAGCAAAGUGUAUACGGACGACACAAAUUUUUAUUCUUUAGAACUUUCCGGACCAAUUCUACCUAGUAUGCCACAUAAUUUAUUCUGCCUCACUACUCCGGAUUGUAGUUUAACUGCUACUUUUAAUAAUUUACGGACAACUGAAUGUUUUAGUAAAGUGAAAAAUACUGAACGACGAUCUGUUAUUGAAAAUACUGGAAGUGUAGUGUUUGGAAAAGAAAAUUUAUCAGAUUGUGGUUUAUUACCAAAAGUGUUGAAACAUUUUUGUGCUGCUAACAGUGACUAUGUGACUAACGUAGAGUGUUUAAAGUAUACCAGUGAAAAUAAAACUUUUACUUGGACUUGAAUUGCAAAGCUGGCACUAAGCAAAUAAGGCAUAUUUUGGAAUUGAAAAAAAAAGUGCAAAGAUAUCAUAAUAAUUUUAUUUUUACAUGAAAGCCUGUACCUUAAUCUACUUUUCUACAUAAUUUCCGUGAAUAUUGAGGCACUUGUCCAUAACGUGGCACCAGUUUUUGUAUACCCUCCUCAUAAAAUUCUGCCGCCUGACUGUACCACUGUAUCACAACUGUUUUGACUUCCCAAGUGUUUCUUCAAGUGCAGGAACAAAUGGUAGUCGCUGGGCGCCAGAUCAGUGCUGUAGAGAGGAUGAUCUAGAGUUUCCCAUUGAAAAGAUUUGAUGAGAUGUUUGGUCCGAUUAGCCACAUGUGGACGGGCAUUGUCAUGCAGCAAAACGAUACCCUUACUCAACUUGCCACAUCUUUUGUUCUGGAUUGCACGACGCAGAUUGUUCAAUGUCUCACAAUAAGACGCUGUAUUGAUUGUCUUAUUACAAGGCCGAAACUCCACUAGCAAUACUCCUUUUCUGUCCCAAAAACUGUGCCCCUGAUUUUCCGGGCAGAAAUUGUUUGCUUAAACUUUUUUGGGUGAUGAUGAAUGUCGCCAUUCCAUAGAUUGUUGUUUUGAUUCUGGUGUGACGUAGGCCACCCAUGUUUCGUCACCAGUAACAAUUUGGUCUAAAAACUCUUCACUUUCAUUGUGGUAUCGCUAAAGGAAAGUCAAUGCACUGCCUAAAUGUUGGGUUUUGUGCAAAUCCGUCAACAUUUUUAGAACCCAACGUGAAUACAAUUUCCGGUAUUUCAAGUUCUCGGUCACAAUGCGAUAAAAAACACUACGAGAAUAUUGAGGAAAGUAGUCGCACAAUGAUGAAAUUGUAAAGCGUCUGUUAUCACUCACCUUUUCGUCCACUUUCUGCACCAAAUCUUUAUUAACGACCGGACGUCCACUGCGUUCUUCAUCAUGCACAUUUGUGCGGCCAUCUUUAAAUGCUUUCACCCAUUUUCUUACCUCAACCUUGGUGUUGCGGCGGUGGAAUCGCAAAACGGUACUUACUUAAAAAAUAUGCCUCGUAGUUUGUGAAAAUCCUCUACUACAUGAAUUAUGAAAGAAAUGAUUAAAAAAUAUUGUAUGGUUAUACACAGACAAAUUUUAUUAUUAAAACAAAAUUUAUAGGAACUGGAAAAAAAUUAAUCCUGUAUUAUGAAUUUGUAUGCAUGUUACAGUUAAAACUAGUUCAAUAUAGUUUUUGCUGAGGAAAACAAGUUUUCACAAACUCUUUUUGUUAAAACUAGCACCCUCGGCGAUAAAACUAGUUCAUUUACAGUUUUCAUUAGAAAAUGCUAUAAAUUUCUAGUUAAAAUUGUUUUUUUCUCGUACUUAAAACCGAUUUUCACUAGGGAAUUCCACUAAUAGGAAACUUUUAUGGCAUUUUGAUUUGUAUUGAAUUUUAUUUUUUUUGCGUAAACAGCAGUUAGAAGCACAAGAUUUUUUGCAGGAGCAACUUUCAAAACUUUUCCCUGAGCCAGUGGGACUAAGUUGUAUCUGGGACUCUAUCCAAUGGUAGAAAUAGCUCAGUAACGUUAGUGACAUAAUAAUACCAUACAUUUUCUUCACUUUCUAUAAGUUAUUUAUCACAAAAUUGACAUUUUGGUUCUAUGGUAGAUCAUAUCCGUAUGGAUUUUCUAUCCAUACGGAGUUCUAUGGUAGAUCUCAAUGUCUGUUAGAACCUUGCCUCGUUUCAUUUGGAAGAAAUGGUAUUAUUGGAUUCAUCGGAACAGGAUUUCCCUUGAUAGUGAAACUAAUUAGCUUUCCACCUUCUCUAUGAUUAUGUCCUCUUAUCUACCAAUGCAGAUUUCUUAAACGUUUUUUUUUAAAUAAAUUUGCUUUAUCGUUCCAACAUAAGAAAACUAUGCAUUUUCUUCACUUUCAAGAUUUUUGUCACAAAAUUGAUAUUCUUGUUGGUUUUUCAUCUAAUUUUCACAAAUUCAUGGUAAAUCUCUUUGUUUGGUAAAAACUUCUCUCAUUUUAUUUGGGAGAGAUGUUAUUUCCUGGAUACAGUGAAGCAGAAUUUCCAUGGUUAGUUUUCCAUCUUCACUAUGAUCCUUUUUUCAUACCGUUGCUGAUUUUUUAAAUGGUUUUCUUGAAAUAAAUUUCUUUUAUUCUUGUAACAUAAGGAAACUAUAAAUUUUCUUUACAAUAUUGACAUUUUUUGUUGGUUUAUCAUCCAAUCACUCAGUUUUCACGAAGUUGAUAUCUCGUAGAAAUUUGCAUUAAUUUAAGAUGGCGCUCCAGUCAAUAUGAAAUUGCAUCUUUACUCUUUAAUAUUAUACUGAUGAUAAAACUAGAAUUUUCGUGACUACAUUUUUGAAGAAAAAAAUCGAUUUUUCAAUAUAUUUGUAAUUUUUGAACUAUGAAAUAUAAUUAAGUUGGCAUUUUAAGAAACAUAAAACUAAAAGGUUUCAUUCAUCAACCCCAUAUAAUUGUGUUACGAGUGAUGAAGAGAAGGUCAUCUCUUUUCGAAGUGAAAUAUUAUCACUACACUACCCCAACAUUCACAAUUAUACUGCCUGACGCCUAUUUUGAUAACCGAGUUAUCAUCUUCAGGGAUUGGAGGUAAACAAAAAUCUAUUCAAUAGAUUCCCAGGGUUCGGAACCCUGGUCAAGUCAAUAAUUGACUGCCAACAUUGUGAGCUGAGGGUUUCCUUCUGGCGCUCAAAUUCGAAUACUUUAACGAACUGAUAAUGUAAUUGACUAAUUUCAUUUUUUAUUUGUUAUAUUUAACAUUAUGUUUAGUUUGGAGCAUCAAGAAUUUGGUUUUUGAAAAUUGAAAAAAUUCAUGCAGUAACCUCAAUAUUUUUAAUUAUUUAGAUGACUUAGUAUUCAAGUUUUUUAAUAAAAGGUGAGGUAAAGAAAAUUGAGUACAAUAAUACUUAGACAACACGUUUUUAAUCUAAAAUUAUUAACAAAUUACUUUUUGGUCAAUACAAAAAUUCGAUUUUUUAUUUCUUUAAUUACUAUGUAGUUUUAUGUGUGGUUUUUAAAAAUUUAAUAUAAUCCUC